GGUAAUGCUGUUUUACUGUGCGCCCCGUAGAAGAGUAGUAUCUGUUCGAAUAUAGUACACAUGCACCUUCCACCGGAUCUCUGGAUUUCUCACAUUUCAACCGGCGACUCAAGUGGGGAGUGCCCACCCAUCCGGCGAAGAUACGGGUUGAAGCGAACGCAGCUUUCGACCUGGGCCUCUUGCUUCAACAUAUCCGCAUCGAAUGCAGAGGAGCAAUGUUGGAAGGCAGGCUAAAAGAAGAUCAACCCUGAAGUCCAGAAGAAUGACUGUGCCACAUGGAAGGCUAUCUUGGACGUUGUUCCUGGUGACCAUUGUCAUACGGCAGGUUGCUGGGGCAAUGAGCCAGGAUGGAGCUGUGAUGGAUGUGCAGGGUAUUCUGCAGGAGCUGGACAAUAGGGUACAGGAGACAGAUGGCGAAUCGCAGGAAUGCGGUGUUCGUCGCCAUUGGGGUGUACCAGACACGACGGCCGCUGCAGGACGCCUCUUCAACUAUACCAUCCCAAGCGAUGCCUUCACUGGCCCAGUGGCACGAUUUGAAGUCACUGAAGCAGGUGAAGGCACUCUGCCAAAAUGGCUGCACUUUAUAGAAUCAACACGAACAUUGGUAGGAGUUCCCCUCGACACUGAUAUUGGCCAGCAUUACAUUAGCGUAAAAGCCAUUUCUCAACACUCCAAUGAACUAACGGACAGGAACUCAGUUGCCAAAGAUGUAUUUUCAAUUGAUGUGCUUGAAGAGCCGCAGACAUUCCAGGGAGCAACCAACAUGAAUGAUCUGAACCAGCCUGAGCCAACCAAAUGUCCCAGCACCGAGCCGGUAACAUUAGCCACUGUAAUCGUUGAUGUCGAUGUGACAUCAUUAGAACCUCCUUCUAGAGCACUCUUACUCGGUCAUUUCCUUCGCUUCCUGAGCCUUCCCACUCAUGCAGUGAGGCUAGUCGCUAUGGCAAGUGAUAGCCAUGCCUAUGAUGAUUCAGCCAUCAUGGCUGGACCAGGUGAUGCGCUUCAGCGAUACAGUGCCGGUGCACAACUGCAGUGGCGCGUGGGAUGCGGAAGCAGCGUCGAUUCUGCACAUGCAGCGGGACUCCAAAAGCUUGAACCAGCUGCACGUCAUGGCGAGCUUGCCAAAGAACUGGGGCAUAAGGUAGUUGGUUGGCAUGUGACCAGUGUGCAGCCACGUUCCACCAGAAGAAAACGAGCUAGGGCAGAGGCGUUCUACGGUGCUACACCGAUACCAGGACUUCCACCUAUACGUCCAUCCACAACCGAGCAUGUCACGGAGGCCACAGAGAACUUUGGAGGUACUCCAGAGUCAAGGAUCAUACCCUCCAUGUCAUCCCCUUCAUUUGGUGCACCUUCACAUCACCACAGGCAUCAUCACGGUGACCACGGCCUGCGGAGCCAUCAUGCUCAUCAUCAACAGUUUGAAGGACUUCAAAUUACAGCGUCUCCUGUUGCGACACAUCAUUACCUCCUGCCAACUUCAGCACCAGGGUACACACCUCCUCUACCGCCGAUGAGACCGACGCGUCUCACUUCUAGUGUAGGGUGGCUGGAGCCUAGCAGGAGCGUACCGCAAGAAGUUACUCCAACGUUUACGCACGAGUUUAUGCCUCCUGUUGCAACGAGUGAUUUUGUGAUAGAGCCUUCGAGGACAAUAGAUGUGCCUGUUGAGUCCACCAAAACUCCAGAGGCUCCAAAAAAGCCCUCAGGUCUGAACUCUAAGCCCAGCCUAGAUAAGAGGAUUAAAAAAUUAGUCAUGACUGCUGGGAAGGUAUGGAGCUACCAGAUUCCCGCAGACACAUUCCUCGACUUUGAAGACGGCGAUACUCGUAACCUGAACCUGAUGUUCUUGACGUCCGCGGGCACUGCGAUCGAGCCUCGUUCCUGGAUUCAGUUUGAUCCUGAAGAGCAGACGUUGUUUGCGUUGCCCCUUGACGAAAAUAUUGGAAAGUAUUCUUUCAAGUUGGAGGCUAUGGACAGGGAGGGCGCUAGUGUACACGACAUGUUGGACAUAAACGUGUGGCAACAUUCGGGGGCCAGAGUCAUCCAUCACAAGUUCCACAUUGGCGUGCGGCCCAAAAAGUUUACAUAUGUGAACACUAUCGAGUGGCAGAUUGCAACGGUUAAACGUCUCGCACAGUUCUACGGUGACAAAGAUGAAUCCCAAAUUACUGUCCUGGCAGCAACAUUGAAACCAAUGACCAUAACGUGGACGAAUGACAGUUUACCGACUCACCCGUGUCCGAGGGACAGCAUUGACGCACUGUACUCAAAGAUGGUUGUGAACAAAAGCACCAAUGCUGUGGCUCGUCCCUUUCACAAAGCCCUUGGAAACCUCAGCGUACAUGAGGCCUCCGUAGAAUACAUUGGUGUAUGCCAGACUUCAGCACCAUCUCCUCCACCAAUACCAAACACUCCUCCAGAAAAGCGAAAUGCGAUUGGCCAAAUAAACGCUACUGUAGGGGAAAUACUCCGGUUCAAGAUACCGGAGGACACGUUCUUUGACUCGAGGGAUGGCAUAACGCCGUUCCUAAAAUUAUCAUUCCUCACAAUGGACAACAUGCACCUUCCUGAAUCAUCGUGGAUCCAGUUCAACCCUAAAACGCAAGAGCUGUACGGCUUGCCAUUUGAUGCCGACGUCCGGCGUUACGAAUUCCAAAUGGUGGCUCUCGAUAAUGAAGGCUCGUCUGUCUCCGAUGUCUUUGUUGUAGUGGUACAUCCACGAUCGCAGAAGAAAUGGGCAGUUGAGUUCAGUCUCCAUAUUGAUGAAGACUUCAAGGCUUUCAACCACAACAUCAGCAGGAAGGUGUUAGUCGCGUGGAAACUUGCUCGAUUAUUUGGUGAUCACGACCCUCGCUACAUCACAGUCAGCUCCAUCAGUGCGGGAUCUGUUGUCUACGCUUGGACCAACAAUACCUUACCUUAUGAACCGUGCCCAACUACAACGAUUCGCCGUCUCAUGAGCUACCUCGUGAACGACAACCGCACGCUGACCCAGCGUCUGGUUGAAGAAAUGAAACCAGAGUUUCACAUCCUGAAAACAGACACGAUGCCCUUAGGCCUGUGCUUGGACCAAGGGCUACCAACGACGUCAGUAGUGAACACUGAAGCAGCCCCUCCAGCUGUUGACCCCGAUGUCACACCUAGUGAUGACGACAUUUACAUCACGACCAUCAUACCGGCCGUCGUGAUUGCAGUGAUGCUGCUCCUGGCAGCGAUUGUGGCCUGCUUCCUCUACCGCAAGAAACGCAAGGGCAAGAUGACGAUGCAAGACAGCAGCACGUUCAUCAACAAAGGCAUCCCCAUCAUCUUUGCGGACGAAUUAGAUGAUAAACCUGACCCCGCGAAGCCGCCAGUCAUCAUGAAGGAAGAGCGACCACCUCUGCCGCCCCCAGAGUACCCGCGCUCUGUGGGCAGCAGUCGCGGCUCCACCCCUCAGACAGACCGUAGGCGAGCGGCGGUGCCAUUGCGCGAUGCUCCGUACCAACAGCCGACGCCUCCGUUUGUUGCGAGUCGGGACAGCAAGCACAGCCGGCCCAAGGCAGCUCCCACUUACAGGCAGCCACCGCCUUAUGUACCACCUUAGCCUUAAUCGAUUUAUAUUCUUCCUAAAUCAGAGUACCGCGGUACAUGCCUGAAGUGACAUUUCCGAGGCAAGUGGGGUUUGUUCUAGGAGAGACCUAAUAUAAGUCAUGAUUUUAAUUUGUGAGGCAAUCAAACUGAGAAAUUUGAUACAGACAUCUGUCACCGUAUUUAUAUAACUUAAAAAGUACCGAGAGGUCCAUGUUCAUUUUGAACUUCCAGCGCCGUAACUUUUCCUCCUCAGUGUCUUUGUAAAACCAAUUUCUGUUGGUAUUCUUGUGCACUGCUAGCAUAGUGCUCGCCCUACGGUUAUGUACCCUGCUGGGUGUCAGGUAUUGCUGAUACUCUGGGUUUGUGCCCUGAUCCAUACCAGGGUCUAUAAGGUGCACACCAUGGACACACUAGAAUGACCAAAAAAAGUUAUGUCUUUGCAUUCUUGUCAUUCUGACUUCUCUUUCUGGAGAGCAAGUGGGCAACACGUGGACUGCAGCUCACCAGUGGUCAAAUCUUUACGACCCACGUUGUUGUCGUUCUGUCACUUUGUUGUAUCGUUGUUGCUCCUCUACCACUGCACACUUGUAAAGUGAACGACUACUACUCCUACCUGCGGCUUUGUGAAUAUGUCACCACAUUUGCUUUUUAUUGUAAUCAUCAGCAGCAGCUAGCUUUGGAACACUUCUUAUGUGGUGACUCCCACACAGAACAUACAAUUGUUUCUUGUUGUCAACCUCAUGUAUGAUUUCAUCUUCACCUCAUCCAAAGCCGACUUUUCCGGCAUUGUUCGACAUAGCUCCCCCGUUUUUCACAUAAAUUGAGCCUAAGUAUGAACUUGCUUUUCUAUGGAACCACACUUUGUAUUUUGUUUUGUUUUAUUAUUAUUUUUGUCAGUGUGUGUAACUUAUGCAUUUUAGCUUUGCAGUGUCAUGGUCUUUGGGUGAAACGUGCUAUGAAGAAUAGUAUGAUGUAGGUUUUAGAAACAGACUUCAUAAAUUGCGAGACCCAGCCCAUAACAAAGUACAGCCCUGGUACAUCAACAUAACAAUGCCAUAAUGCAAGGCACAUAUUUUAGCUGGGUUAUAUUUUCUCUCGAUGUUUCUCCGAAGGCGAGAUUCUUUACUUUUUUCAUUUUCUUCUAGAUCUGUGGUGCAUGUAACUUUUGCUUCUCAGGCAUCUGCAGAAUAACUUGGGCAUGAGCAAAGUAGCCGACCUUCUCUCAAGCAGGCAAUGCAAUGUAGAACGAAGGGACCCAAAGUAGACACAAUUUUGUCAUCCAUGUUUUGAGUAACAGACAAUCGUGACAAGCGCAAAGUGCCCUGCAGGCAUUCAUCGUUCCUUUCCCAAUUUUUACACACCCUUCCAUUUGUUGAUGUCUGUUUUGUCACCAGUCUCAUUGGAGCCGAGAUCGCAGUUGUCUCGCGACGUAAAGCCCCUAAUUACUCUUAUCAUCGUUGGAGCUGAGGAAUCCCUGACAAAGACACAAAGUGUCUGUCUGACAGGACACCUGUCUGUCAGGACAAAGACACAAAGAAACAAAAGACCAAAUGCUCUUGGCCCUGCAAUGUUUGUGAGGUCAACAAACAAGGUGUACAAAUGAAAUAAACAUGGUUGAGAAUGUCACCGCACUGUAAAAUAAACUGCCCAAGGCAAGAUGAAGAACUGCGCGCUAACUGACGCACUGUCACUGCUGUCCGUUUUAGCGCUUUUACCCACAUCAAUGAUUCACCAACAGGCCCAAAAGGCAGUUUUAAAUGUCACUGCUAAACUGCUCCUGGGCCAGCUGAGGUCCAUAGUCGCUUUCUUGUUGUGAGGAGCAUUUUUUUUCCCCCAAACAUAUGGAACACAAAUAGGUGACAAAUGGACAGGGACUGCCACAAACUUUUUAUAAACACGAUGUCAUCCGCAUGUGAGACGCAGCACGGGUAGCCUUCGUGCUAUGUCAGGAAUGGAUGCUGGUUCAUACAGUAAUGAGGCUUCUCCUUGGCAUUAUGCUUUUUCCGCGGCUCUCGUUCUUUCAUGGGCCUCUGUAAAGUUUCCUCCACCUCUACCUUGCAAGGACUGGGUCAAGUAUUUACUUUGUGAAAAUGUGUUCAAUACGUGUUCUUGCCAGGCAGCUAUGUCAAAUGCCACUGAUGGUGUACAUGUGCCUGGCAACUCAGAUUUCCCAGUUUGCUAAGUCAAUAUGUAUGGAAUAUAUGGAUGAUAUCAAUAAAUACUAUUGAGGGACCUUUCAUA